AUGGUCAACGUACCAAACACCCGGAGGACGUACUGCAAGAAAUGUCACAGGCACCAGCCUCAUCAGCUUACCCAGUACAAGAAAGGAAAGGAUUCCUUGUACGCACAGGGUAAGAGGCGUUAUGACAGGAAGCAGAGUGGUUAUGGUGGACAGACAAAGCCCAUAUUUCGAAAAAAGGCUAAGACCACAAAGAAGAUUGUGCUGAGAUUGACAAUUAGGCUCCACACAUUCCAAUCAAAGAGAAUGCUGGCUAUCAAGCGAUGCAAACACUUUGAGCUGGGAGGAGACAAGAAGAGGAAGGGCCAAGUCACCCAGUUCUAAGCUGCAUUCUUGGUGUUCUUUAAGAGUACAAAUUCACAAUAAAA